AUGGUCACUGAUGAUGACGAUCACAAAAAUCACAUGACCACUGAUAAUAAAAAUCAUCCUGUUAACAAUAAUAUUUCAUCUUCAAAUUCUUCACCAACAGUCACAACAAUAACACCAUCCACACCUACUACUUCCUCAUCCUCAAGCUCUAAAUCAACAUCAGCAUCAACGUCGCCUUCGACACUUCAUUUACUUGGUAUUGAUAAUCCAAUUAUCAACAUGUACUAUUUGGAUGUUAACGCUAAUUCUACCAACACUGCUAGUACUACUACGAGUUCUAUUUAUAAUCAGGCAACUCCACCUUCGAAUAUCAUAUUUAAUGAUUUUAAUAAUGGCGACUUUUACAAUCAAAACUUAACAUUUCAGUGUAAUUCUGUUUUGGUCAACAAUAAUUUUCCUUCCGCAUCCAAUAAUAAUACUGCUUCUGUUGUCGCUACCGUUGCUAGUGCUACUACUAGUAGUAAUAAUAAUAGCCCAACACUACUACUGACAUCACCGACAUCGUUUUCAUCUUCGUCAACAAUAAAUGCAAAUCUUACCAAUAAUAAUAGUAAUCAACAAUAUUCAUCAUUAUUUUCAUAUGUUGAUACAUCAUCUAAUGCACUACAAAAUUUUGAUUUUUGUAAUAACAACAACAAUAAUAUUAUAAUAGCUGGUAGUACAUGUCACACAUCACCGACAUCAUCAAGAUCGACAAAUUUCAUAAAUAAUUCAUCACCAUCACAAUCAUCUCCAUUAUCGACAACAAUUAAUUUAGCGUCAAUCAGUAGCAAAAAUAAUAUCAAUAAUAAUUCUGCCAACAUCAGUUCUAUUCUUCAUCCUCCUUCCACAUCAAUAAUAACCUUUAAUGGAAAUAACAUUUACACAAAAUGGACAGAAGAAGAAGACGAACUACUAAAAGCAGCAAUCAACAUCUAUGGACCUCAUAAAUGGUCAUUGAUAGCAGCUCACGUUCCAAACAGAACGCCAAUGCAAUGUUCAACAAGAUGGUUGGGUGCUCUUAACCCAACAAUCCAUAAAGGCCGUUGGACACCAGAAGAAGAUUCAUUGCUGAAAGAGGCAGUUGGCGAGUAUUUGAAUUUAUUGGAUUCAGAUGGUCACCCACAACCUAUACCCUGGAACAAAAUAGCACAACGUAUUCCACAUCGAACUGGUAUUCAGUGUCAGGCUCGUUGGUCGGAAGCAUUGGAUCCAUCAGUUAGAAAAGGUAAAUGGUCACCGGAUGAAGAUGAAAUUUUAAAAGAUGGUGUCAGACGUUAUGGUAGAUGCUGGAUUCGUAUUGCUGAAUUGAUCGAUGGCAGAACUCAGCGUCAAUGUAGAACAAGAUGGGUACAAAUCAGGAACAAACAAGCUAAGACACCUUCAACACCAAGAUCUUCAAAAACGUCAACAGCAGCUGCCACUGCUAUUAUAUUACAACAUGCUUCACCAUUUAUUACUCCUGCUGUUACCACUACUUCUCCUAUAAUCAAUAAUACCUCACCUGAUAAUUUUUACCAAUAUUUUAAUCAAAAUGGUAAUUAUAUAUCACAGCAACCAAGCAAUAUUCGUCCAGAUUUCUUUCUUCAACCUUCACCAAAUACCAUUAAUAAUAAUAGUCUAAUGUUUAUCAAGUCUUCAUCUAAUCCUUUGUUGUCACCCGCUGAAACUUUAUUAGCAACAACUCCAGAAUCAACCGUUACAACGCCUGAACAUUUUUCUACUACUACCACUUCUUCACCUGCCACCUCUUCACCUAUAUUUGAAAAUUUUAAUUUGAUGGUCAGAUCUGCUAAUACUACUGCUAUUAGUAACAAUACCAGCGGUGAUAGUGGUAGUGGUAUCAAUAAUAGUAGCAAUAAUAUUCAUUCAACUCCUACAAAAAACAUUGAUGGUGGCAAUGUUGAUGGUGGUAAUUUGAUUGUUUUUAAUCAAAAUAUGACGGACUCUCCUUUUCUUUAUGAUUAA